GUCAAGAGAGAGGCUGAGGUGACCAUGAAACAAGGCAAGUUGAGGACUGUCAAGAGGAUGGGACCUGACCCUGUUGUGGUUGAGGACUUGGCAAUGUUGGAGUGCCUGACAGAAGAUGUGAUAAUAGAUGCCCUGGAGACCAGGUUCAGGAAAGGACAGAUUUACACCUACAUUGGUGACAUCCUUCUGGCCAUGAACCCAUUCAUGGAACUGGACAUCUACAAUGACCAAGUCAGUCAAAGAUACCAAGGCAGGAUACAAAAGGCCUCAGAACCUCCCCACAUAUUUGCCAUUGCCAAUUCAUCCUAUUUUGCAUUGAUUCAUGAACAG